UUGUUGACACAGAAAGAGAGAGAGAGAGAGAGAGAGACAUAUACACACACACACACACACUCAUUCAGCGGCAUGUCGGCCUACACCCUGGGUGUGGAUGUGGGGACCACCUCGGUGAAAGCGGUUCUACUGGAGACUGACUCCAGAUCGGUGGUUGCGACCCAAACUUUCCCCACCACGUCUGAUAUCACUGACAGCAGCGGGAGGAAGGCUAAAGAGCAGGACACAGGUCGGAUCGUAGACGCUGUGAAUCGGUGCAUCGAGCUCCUGCCCAGAGACAAACUGCAGCAUGUGUGCAGCAUCGGUCUGUCCGGACAGAUGCACGGCGUCUUAUUCUGGAAGGCAAAGAGCGGUUGUGAUUGGUCCAACAGAGGCUUCUUCACAGCCAGAGACACCAGUCAGCUGAUCACAUGGCAGGACGGACGCUGCAGCAGCAGCUUCCUGUCCUCCCUCCCAAAACCAGACUCACAUCUCAGCGUGGCCACAGGGUUUGGCUGUGCAACCAUCUUCUGGUACAUGAAACACAGGCCUGAGUUCCUCGAGGACUUCACAGCUGCAGGUACCAUCCAGGACUACAUGGUGUCCAUGCUGUGUGGUCUGGACGGGUGUGUGAUGACGCCUCAGAAUGCAGCCAGCUGGGGUUUCUUCAACACUUCUUCCAACCAGUGGAAUGUAGACAUUCUGAAGGGUGCCGGCUUCCCUCUGACCCUGCUUCCUCAGUGUGUGCCAUCUGGUGUCUCGGCGGGACUGACGGGCUUUGACUGGCAUGGUGUUCCUGCUGGUACGCCAGUAGGGGCCGCCCUGGGAGACUUCCAGUGCUCUGUCUACUCCUGCAUGAGUGCACGGACAGACGCAGUUCUUAACAUAAGCACCUCAGCACAGCUGACCUUCGCCAUGCCCGCUGACUUCAGUCCUCCAGAUUCUCCUCAGCCCGCCUCCUCCAUCUCCUACGUCCCCUACUUUGGCUCCUUGUACCUGGCGGUGGCGGCGUCGCUGAACGGAGGGAACGUGCUGGCGUCUUUUGUGGAGAUGCUCACCUCCUGGAUGAAAGAGCUCAAUGCUGAGAUGGCUGAUUCAUCUUUAUACGAGAAGCUGGUUGGCUGCGCCCUGAACCAGGAGAGCAGUGAUCUGAGGGUGAGCCCCACUAUCCUGGGAGAGAGACACAACCCCCUCUGCCUCGGCCAGGUCACCAACAUCUCCGCCGAUAACCUCUCUCUUGGCCACGUGACCAGGGCCCUGUGUCAUGGCGUCCUGGACAACAUCACCACCAUGAUGCCCGUCGAGAGUCUGCUGCAGGCGGGGGUCAGCAGGAUUGUGGGUAGCGGAAGCGCACUCACUCUCAACGAGGUGCUGAGGCAGGAAGUGGAGAAGGCGUUUCCUCAGCCAGUGGUGUACAAACAGAACACUGACUCUGCUGUCGGUGUGGCCAUGGUCCUCUGUGACCGGCUCUAAAUGAGACUCAUAAUCCACAGGGGAAACCCCCCCCCUGUCUGUUUACAUGAUUAACAGAUGAUUUUGCACACCUCUGAGUACAAUUUCAAAUGCUACCACUUUGAAAGAAAGAAGAAUCAAGCAAACUGUAAUGCUGCAACGUAUUUUAAUCUAUGAUCUAAAAACAAAAGCUACAGUUUAUUUGCCAGGAUAGAGAUCAACAACCUUGUGUGGCUCAAUAUGUGCCAUGAGGUUGUGAUGACACUCUUUGGACCAAAGGACAGAAUCUAAUAAUCUAGCCACAUUUAAAUUCACUGUCCCUGAACAGCAACACAUUGAUGAAAUAUGUGAAGCCUCAAAAAGAUCCACUGUAGAUUUCGCCACUGACAGGAACCAUGUGAGGGCAUUACACAGUGCACCAACAAAAUAUGCUGUGAAAGACUCAAGACCCCAUGUGGAUGCUAAGCCUGAACUUAAGCCACUGAGGAGCUGCAUCGACAGGCUAAUAGAUGGGCUAAUGGUGCUCACAAUAACAUGGCUCAGUUGGGUCCAACAAUGUUUUUUCUGGAUUAUUUAUUGGUCACUGUUAGGUCUUCAACACUUCACACACAAGAAUCCAGAUCAAUAUCUCCAAUCAUCCACUGACCAAGUUUCACCAAUAUCGCAACGCACCUUUCACUUCAUGUGUAUGCAGUCAAAAAUCUGUUGGCGCUCCUUCCCUCUAACAGCUUACACCAGAAUGAAAGUUCCACUGAUGGUAAAUAACCUGAAGCCCACUGAGUGUCUCCUCCCUCAUCUUACUGCCACGGAGCUUUGCAGUUGUUGGUUUCUUGCUCAUCCCCUGUGUGCUGCUAAAUGACGUUAUACAAAACACAUGAAGCAUUUUAGCAUCCAAGAAGAAAAUUGUAAAAUUGUCUAUCAGGGAAAUGUGUAUUUCACGGGUAUGUCAGUGUUUCUUUUUUCCCCGACCUUCCAUCUCGUGGUUUCUGUUUCAGGUUAGUUUUACGGUUCCCUCUUGGCUCACAGUUUCCUCCUCAACGCUCUCAUCUUUAAGGUCACCCCCACUAUCUGAGGUUGCUCAAGAGAUUUCAUCUAUUGAUUGAUGCAGACUGGGCCUUUGUGUACACGGGUCUGUAUGAGAAAGCAAUAGUAGGCUACCUAACAGACAGAUGUCAUAAGCAUAGGUUUUCACUUGGAAAAACCAUGACAUAAACAUUACAUAUGAGAUGUGCUAAGACUUUUUAUUUAAUUAUCUUUAUUAAUGCACUAGAAACUAGAAUACACGAAAAAGCUAUAGAAAAAGUAGGAAUACUGUCCAAGUGACUAAAGGUUAAGAGUGUGAAAGGGGAGGAAGUUCUGUCUAUGUCUUUUAAAACCUUUGGCAUUUUCACCAUAUCCACUGGAGUGAGUAUAGAGACAUGAUCUGUAAUGACAUGUAUACUGUCUUCCAAGGAUUGAAUCAUUAAAUGUUGAAAAAGUAAAGGUUCUGAUGGAAAAGCAGAGUUUAAAUGUUUAUAGUCCAUGCAGAAAAAGGAAGGGAGAUGAGAAAUCUUGCAAAUAUCAAGUUGUAUAUGAAUGAAAUGUUGCAUUUUUAAGCUACUGGACAAAUUAACAGUGUGUGGAAGAUUUAAGAUUUAAACAAUUUAAUAUUGAAAAGUUGCCAUGUGUUAUUCUGAGCUCUAGUACAUGAUUAAGAGCCUAAAAACUCAAACUUUGGACAACUGAUAUUAUUUCACUGCAAUGUGGUCAGCUACUAUUGUGAUUGUUGCUGUAAUACCAGAGUGGACACAUAUUCCUCUGAUAUAAUUAUUAAAGUGUUUCUGAUGUUUCUACCA